AUGGGCAAAAUUGCGCAAAUCGAGUACUUUCGUGUCCCGCCGAGAUGGCUGUUCGUCAAGAUCACCGACGAUGCGGGCAAUGUGGGCUGGGGAGAAGCGUCUCUUGAAGGGCAUACCCAGGCCGUGGAAGGGUGUCUAGAUGCUUGGAUUUCUCAAUACACGGGAAUGGAGGCAGAUGAAAUCGAGCAAAUCUGGCAAAAGUCAUGGCGAAUGGGAUUCUACCGUGGUGGCCCUGUCUUCAUGAGCGCGCUCGCAGGUAUCGACAUCGCGCUUUGGGAUCUCAAAGCGAGGAAAAUUGGGCUUCCCAUCUAUGAACUCCUGGGCGGCAAGGUCAGGGAUACCAUCAAGGUCUAUGCGUGGAUUGGAGGUGACAGACCCUCUGAUGUCAAGACCCAAGCUCUCUCUCGAAAGGCACAGGGCUUUACUGCAGUUAAAAUGAACGGGACGGAGGAUCUUGGCUGGCUCGAUUCACCUUCCGCUCUCGACGCCUGCGUUGAACGGGUACAGACAGUCAAAUCGACGGGCAUGGACGCCGGAGUAGAUUUUCACGGUCGCGUUCACCGGCCGAUGGCCAAGCAGCUGGCCACUCUCUUAGCACCACACCGUCCAAUGUUCAUCGAAGAGCCCCUUCUAUCGGAGCACAUCGAGGGGAUUAAGGAAUUCUCACGCUCAGUGAGCUGCCCUGUCGCAUUGGGAGAGCGUCUUCACAGUCGCUGGGAUUUCAAACCAUUCCUCGAAGCUGCUUGCGUUGACAUCAUACAGCCGGAUAUCUCUCAUGUAGGAGGCAUCUCGGAACUUCGAAGGAUUGCGACUAUGGCGGAGGCGUACGAUGUGCCUAUCGCACCUCACUGCCCUCUCGGGCCUAUUGCACUAGCCGCCAACAUACAGGUGGACGCAGUAACAGCCAAUUUUGCUAUACAGGAGAUGAGCCUUGGCAUUCACUACAAUACGGGGGGGCAUGACCUCUUGACGUACAUCAAGAACCCCGAAAUUUGGGAUGUCAAGGACGGCUAUAUCCAACUCAUGAAGGGGCCUGGCUUGGGCAUCGAGAUAGAUGAGGAAAGGAUCCGCGAGCUGAGCAAAGGUGCCGAGGCUUGGGUAAGCCCUGGGUUUGUAGGUCCCGGAGGGGAGCUGCGUGAAUGGUGA